GACUAAAAGGAAGUGUUUGCCCCCUUCAAUUCAAUGGAGAUUUUCGCUAUGCAAAAAAUAAAAAAAUAAAAAAUAAAAAAACAAAUUGAGUUGUCAUAUCCACGCCUUAAGAUUAAAUAAAAAUAAAAAAAAUAAAAAAAAAGUCUUCGUUGACAAUUGUUUCCUCUCUAUAUUUAUCUAAGGUUGAAAGUGGUGAGAUGGGAGUAAGGAAAGUUUAGCAAAUUCAAUUGGUGUAUCAGUUUUCUUGGCAAAAUGAGCUUCAACGAUGAUGAGCCGAUUGUUGCAAGCCAAGAUGUCUCAGGAAAAAAACCUGCAGCAAUCCUAAGAGGAAAAAAAACAAAGGUGGCAAUCUUCAACAAGACGACGGCACCAUUGGAAGAAAGCAAGUUCAAGGUGAUGCUGGAGCUCACUGGGGCAGGAUCCGGCAGCGACAGAUCCGGAGUGGAUAUUGUGACGGUCUUAGAUGUCAGCAGUAGCAUGGAGGGAGAGAAGUUAGAAAAAAUGAAAAUUGCCAUGCUAUUCAUGAUCAAGAAACUUAGCCCGAUUGAUCGUUUGUCGGUUGUCAAAUUCAACCAAGUCUCCCACAGGUUGUGCCCAUUGCGGCAGAUAACUGAAAAUUCUCAAAGGGAGAUUGAAAAUCUGGUCAAUGCUUUAAUUGCUAACGGUUACACAAACAUCUCUGCUGGUCUUGAAACGGGCUUAAAAGUGCUCAAUGAUCGCAGAUUUAUUAGCGGGCGUGCAGUUGGCAUUAUGCUCAUGUCCGACGGCCAGCAAAACAUAGAUGGUGAUGCUGCCCAAGUUCCGGUCGGCAAUGUGCCCGUAUACACAUUUGGCUUUGGCGCAGACCACGAUCCGAGGGUGCUCAAUAGCAUCGCAAACAACAGCCUGGGAGGAACGUUCUCACAUGUUCGAAACCAAGACAGUUUGAGUAUUGCAUUUUCCCAGUGUUUGGCUGGGCUUCUCACCGUGGUUGUUCAGGAUCUGAAGCUCACUGUCACAAAAGUUGAAUCCACAAUCGUUAAGGUUUCUGCCGGAAACUAUCCACAAUCCAAGGACGAUGCUGCCGGCUCUAUGACUGUUUCAUUUGGCUAUCUUUACAACAAAGAGGUACGCAAGGUCAUAGUGGACCUUCUUCUCCCUGCUGCUAGUAGUCCGGCGACCUCGAAUAUCCUCAACAUCACUUACACAUACAGCUCUGGUGGGAAAUUGUUUGAUGAGAGUCCGAUAAUCGUUACCGUAAGACGCACCGGAGGAGGCAGAGAGGAAGGAGAACCAGAGACGAAGGAGGUGAUGAUGGAGGAGAACCGUCUCCGGACUGCACAGAUGAUAAAAGAAUCAAGAAUCAUGGCUGACGACAAGAAGCUGGACGGUGCUCUUGAGAAGCUCGUUGAAGCACAAAGCUUGCAGGAGAACAUGGUUAAUGAUGAGUCUAACCCGUUGAUUGGGAUGCUGAAAUCUGAGCUGCGACAGAUGUCGAAGUUGAUGAAACCACAGGAAAUCUACGAAAAGCAAGGGCGUCCCUUUGCACUCUCUUCUGAGACUUCCCAUGAUCGCCAGCGUUUCGCUGCAAGAGGUGAUGAUCCGAAAGAGCUGCGCUUAUUUGCAACUCCGCGUAUGGACGAAUACCUUGAGCAAGCCAAGUCAUUUGACGAGGAUCCCCGCAAGCCACUGCCCUCUGUGGACGAGGAUGAGAAGGAAGAACUCGAGGACGAGCCCCUUCCUCCCAUGGUUGGAGGGGAAAUACCUGCAACAAUCCUAAGAGGAAAAACAAAUGUGACAAUCAUCAAGAAGACGACGGCACCACUGGAAGAAAGCGAAUUCAAGGUGAUGCUGGAGCUCACUGGGGCAGGAUUCGGCAGUGACAGAUCCGGAGUGGAUCUUGUGACGGUCUUAGAUGUCAGCGGUAGCAUGGAGGGAGAGAAGUUAGAAAAAAUGAAAAUUGCCAUGCUAUUCAUGAUCAAGAAACUUAGCCCGAUUGAUCGUUUGUCGGUUGUCACAUUUAACGGGGUCUCCCACAAGUUGUGUCCAUUGCGGCCAAUAACUAAAAAUUCUCAAGGGGAGAUUGAAAAUCUGAUCAAUGCUUUAGUUGCUAACGGUGGCACAAAUAUCUCUGCUGGUCUUCAAACGGGUUUAAAAGUGCUCAAUGAACGCAGACUUACUAGCGGGCGUGUAGUUGGCAUUAUGCUUAUGUCUGGCAGCCAGCAAAACGUAGGUGGUGAUGCUGCCCAAGUUCCGGUCGGCAAUGUGCCCAUAUACACAUUUGGUUUUGGCACAGACCACGAUCCGAGGGUGCUCAAUGCCAUCGCAAACCACAGCAUGGGAGGAACGUUCUCAGAUGUUCGAAACCUGAACAACUUGAGUAUUGCAUUUUCCCAGUGUUUGGCUGGGCUUCUCACCGUGGUUGUUCGGGAUCUGAAGCUCACUGUCACAAAAGUUGAAUCCACAAUCCUUAAGGUGUCCGCCGGAAACUAUCCACUAUCCUACGACGAUGCUGCCGGUUCUGUGACUGUUUCAUUUGGCGAUCUUUACAAUAAAGACGUACGCAAGGUCAUAGUGGACCUUCUUCUCCCUCCUGCUAGUAGUCUGGCGGGCUCGAAUGUCCUCAACAUCACUUACACAUACAGCUCUGGUGGGAAAUUGUUUGAUGCCAGACCGAUAAUCAUUACCGUAAGCCGCACCGGCAGGACAUCAGUAGAGCCAGAGAGGAAGGAGGUGAUGAUGGAGGAGAACCGUCUCCGAACUGCACAGAUGAUAAAAGCAUCAAGAGUCAUGGCUGACGACAAGAAUCUGGACGGUGCUCUUGAGAACCUGGUUGAAGCCCAAAGCUUGCAGGAGAACGUGGUUAAAGAUGAGUCUAACCCGUUGAUUGGGAUGCUGAAAUCUGAGCUGCAACAGAUGUCGAGGUUGAUGAAACCACAGGCAAUCUACGAAAAGCAAGGGCGUCCUUUUGCACUCUCUUCUGAGACUUCCCAUAAUCGCCAGCGUUUCGCUGCAAGAGGUGAUGAUCCAAAAGAGCUGCGCUUAUUUGCCACUCCGCGUAUGGACGCAUAUCUUGAGCAAGCCAAGUCAUUUGGCGAGGAUCCCCGCAAGCCACUGCCCUCUGUGGACGAGGAUGAGAAGCAAGAACGGGCGGCCGAGCCCCUUCCUCCCAUGGUUAGAGGUCUUCGCUACUAUAUUCAGAAUUUUUUCAAUGGUUUUUUGAAAUGUUGCGGAAAAAUAUGCGUUUCGGAUUCAUCUCCACAAGACAGAUAGAAAAAAUAAAAUAUUUUUGACAUAAUUUUUAUAAAUAAAAAAAAAUCACUGAAAGAAAAAAAAUUCAAAAACAAGAGGUGGUUUUCUUUAUCCAUUACAACAAACUCAAUAAAGCCGGCCGCCCGUAAUUCAAUGCUUGCAUGCGUGCUUUAAUCCCUUCGCCAUCGAUAUUUAAUUUACAAUGUAACCCAUUGCAUUGGGUUUUGCCUUUACACUUCAAUAAAUAUAACGAGUGUGAUUUGCCCGUUGUUGAGUUUUUUUUUUUUUUUUUUUUUUUUUUUUUUUUUUUUUUUUUUUUUUUAUUUAUUUAGUCAUUUCACAGGUAGAUUACAUUUUUGUUAAAUUUCCAGUGUAUGAUUUGCCUAUCGCACUUCAAUAAAUUACUAGCGGGUGAUUUGCCUCGUUAAAUAA